CCUUCCCCUUACCCGCCCAGACAUAUACACGCACAAACCCUCCCUCCCUUCUCGCUCACUCACUCACACUUCUCUUCCCAAGCCUCUCUCUCUCUCUCUCUCUCUCUCUCUCUCUCUCUAGUCUCUAGGAUCUCCCUCGUCAGCAAUGGCGAGAAUCCGGCCGUCCAUCCUCCUUUCCCUUGCCCUCGCGGCAACGGCGAUGGCUGCGCUGGCACCACGGCCGGUGGCAGCGGCCAAGUACAACAUCACCAAGCUCCUUGCGCCGUACAAGGAAUUCACCAAAUUCAACGAGAUGCUGUCUAAGACGCGGCUGUCGUACGACAUCAACCGGCGGCAGACCAUCACCGUGCUGGUCGUCGACAACUCGGCGAUGUCGGUACUGGAUCACUACUCGCUGAAGACCAUUCGGCAUAUCCUCUCGUUGCACAUCCUCGUCGACUACUACGGCGACAAGAAGCUAAAGAAGCUCUCCCACGGCUCCACCGCAUCCUCCUCCAUGUUCCAGGCCACGAGGUCGGCGUCGGGCAUGUCAGGGUACGUGAACAUCACCCGCAAGAACGGCAAGGUCGACUUCAUGACGGAGGACGCCGACGACACCGCGAAGCCGUCCCGGUACGUCAAGUCCAUCAAGGAAUACCCCUACGACAUCUCCGUGCUCCAGGUGAGCUCCAUCAUCUCCUCCGCUGAGGCCGAGGCGCCCGUCCCGCCGCCAGCGCCAGUCGACCUCGUCGAGCUCCUCUCCAAGAAGUACUGCAAGUCCUUCGCGUCCCUCCUCUCCGUCAAUGCCGACGUGUUCCGCGCCGUCAACGAGACCAAGGACAACGGGCUUACGCUCUUCUGUCCCGUGGACGCCGCCGUCGCGGCGUUCGCGGACACGUACAAGAACCUCACGACCAAGGCCAAGACGGCCAUCCUGCUGUACCACGCCGUUCCGGACUACUUCUCGCUGCAACUGCUCAUGUCCAACAACGGCAUGGUCACCACGCUCGCCACCGCCAGCGAGAACAAAAAGGACUACAGCUAUGACGUGCAGAACAAGGGCGAGACCGUGACGCUCCAAACCAGGGUCGUAACGUCCAGCAUCACCGCUACCGUCGGCGACAUGGAGCCGCUCGCCGUCUACGCCGUGUCCAAAUUCCUGAAGCCCAAGGAGCUGUUCAGGGUCGUCGAGGCGCCGGCACCCACACCGGAGCCGUCCAAGAAGAAGGCCAAGGCGACCGACGCGGGUGACAACUCGUCGGGCGAUUCGGGAGAUGACACGGCCGACAAGGGCUACGCCGCACCGUCGGUGCUCCCACGGUGGGUGACCGCGGUUGCUACGGUGGUAGCUGCGUUUGCGUUGAUGGAUUAAAGAGUCAG